UUUCUUUAUUUUUAGUUUUAUUUUUUGAAACGGAGCUAUUUUUGCUUUGUUGUUCGAAAUAACCAAAGGCGAAAAAAAAUAAAAUUCACAAUCCCUAAAUUCUCACACACAUCCGGAGAAGAAACACGUGGAGGAAAAAACGCAGUGAAUGUGUGUGUGGAAACCCCCUCCACAUUGAAGGCGGCGAUAAAGGAUUCCGGCGAAUUGUUUUGUAGUUAUUCCAUGGCUGAAAGGGUGCACCAGCAGCUGAAAGAGCUGGGAUCGAAGUUGGAGAGUCCGCCGGCUUCGGAAAAAGCUCUCGUAAAGCUGUUGAAGCAAAGUGCAUCACUUCUCUCUGAAUUAGACCAGUCACCUCUAGAAUCAGUGGUGAAGUCCACAGAGCCUUUCUUAAAUGCCAUUGUCAAGCCGGAACUGCUGAAAAUUCAAGAACCGGAGGUCAAGCUUUAUUUAGCUUCCUGUAUAUGUGAAAUAACUCGAAUUACUGCACCCGAAGCUCCUUAUGAUGACCAUAUCUUAAAGGAUGUCUUCCAGUUGAUUGUGAGUACUUUCAGUGGCUUAAGCGAUAUAAAAGACCCAUCAUUUGGAAGAAGGGUUGUUAUUCUUGAUACCUUGGCAACAUACAGAUCAUGCGUGGUGAUGCUGGAUCUUGAUUGUGAUGAUCUCAUAAAUGAAAUGUUCAAUACCUUUUUUGUUGUUGCCAGAGAUGAGCAUCCUCAGAAUGUCUUGACUUCAAUGCAAACCAUAAUGGAGGUUCUCUUGGAAGAAAGUGAGGAUGUACCAGAGAGCCUUUUGCUUAUUUUAUUGUCUAUUUUCAGCCGCGAUAAGGAUGAUGUUACUACGGCUGCAAGGAAAAUUGCUGUGAAUGUGAUAGAGAACAGUGCUGCAAAACUGGAAACUGGCUUAAAGCAGCUUCUUGUAAUGUCAAUGUCAGGAGACAGCGAAUCCUUGAACAGUGGGAUUAAUUGGCAUGCAGUACUUUAUGAUGUCUAUCGCUCUGCUCCUCAAAUCUUAUCAGGAGUUGUCCCUUAUCUUACCGGAGAGCUACUGAGUGGUCAAUUGGACAUUCGUCUGAAAGCGGUGAGUUUAGUAGGCCGCCUCUUUGCUCUGCCGGGAUCUGUUAUUUCUGAAGCAUUCAAGCCAGUCUUUCUGGAGUUUCUGAAAAGGCUGACUGAUAAAGCAGUGGAGGUCAGAAUGUCUGUCCUUGAGUACAUCAAGAGUUGUCUUCUGGAGAAUCCUCUCAGGGCCGAAGCUCAUCAAAUAAUCUCUGCUCUUUGCGACCAGCUAUUGGACUCUGAUGAAAAUGUUCGUAAACAAGUUGUUUCUGUGGUUUCUGAUGUGGCAUGUGAUUCCCUGACAUCCAUUCCAGUUGAAACUAUCAAGCUGAUCUCAGAACGCCUUCGAGACAAAUCUCUUCUAGUUAAAAGGUAUACUAUGGAGAGGUUAGCUGACAUAUACAGAAUAUCAUGCAUGAAGCAAUCCAGUGGUUCAACAAAGGAUGAUGGUUAUGAUUGGAUAGUUGGGAAGAUCUUGAGAUGCUUUUACGAUAAAGAUUUCAGAUCCGAUGCAAUAGAACCUAUCCUAUCUCUAUCAUUGUUCCCAGCUGAUUUUUCUACCAAAGAUAAGGUGACAAGUUGGGUUAGGAUCUUCUCCGGGUUUGAAAAAGUUGAGGUUAAGGCUCUUGAGAAGAUACUAGAGCAGAAGCAAAGGUUACAAAAAGAGAUGCAGAAGUAUCUUUCCCUUAGACAGUUGCCUCAGGAGGUUGAUGAGACUGAGAUCCAAAAGAAGGUAACUGUUUGCUUCCGUGUUGUGGCUUGCUGUUUUAGUGAUCCUGUGAAGACGGAGGAGAACUUUAAGAGUUUUGACCAGUUAAAAGAUUCCAAUAUCUGGAAAAUUUUGAUGGAACUUCUCGAUCCAAGCACAAACUCUCUAAAAGCGAGUAGUUUACGGGAUGAUUUGCUUAAGAUCCUUGGUCAGAAGCAUCAACUUUAUGAGUUUCUGAGCACUCUUUCUGUAAAAUGCUCUUUUUUACUUUUUGACAAGGAUCAUGUCCGAGAAAUCCUUUUGGAGGCUAGUGAACAAAAAUCCACUGGAACAACUGAGUUAGUUUUGUCCUGCAUGACUGUUCUUGUGAUUCUUGCAAGCUUUUGUCCUCUGCUGCUGGGUGGAAUUGAAGAUGAUUUGUUACAUCUUCUGGAGGAUGAUAAUGAAAUAAUAAAGGAAGGCAUUUUGCAUAUUCUUGCGAAGGCUGGAGGAACUAUCCGAGAACAGUUGGGUGUUUCGUCAAGAUCAUUAGACCUUAUUCUGGAGCGCAUAUGCAUCGAGGGUAGCAGAAGGCAGGCUAAGUACGCUGUUCAUGCCCUGGCAUCCAUUACAAAGGAUGAUGGUCUUAUGUCCCUCUCUGUUCUUUACAAGAGGCUAGUGGAUAUGCUUGAAGAGAAGUCCCAUUUGCCAGCUGUACUGCAGUCUCUUGGAUGCAUAGCACAAGCUGCUAUGCCAAUCUUUGAAACUAGAGAAGAUGAGAUUGAAAAGUUCAUUAAGAAAAACAUACUGGAGUUUGAACAUAUUACAGGAGACAAAACAACUGCUGGUUGGGAUGAUAGAAGUGAACUUUGUUCUUUAAAGAUUUUUGGGGUUAAAGCUUUGGUCAAGAGCUAUUUACCUGUCAAAGAUGCACACCUUCGUCAUGGAAUUGACGGCAUAAUUGAAAUCCUAAAGAAGAUACUCUUGUUCGGUGAUAUCGCAAGAGGGAUUGAAUCAAGUUUGGUAGACAGGGCUCAUUUGAAACUUGCUGCAGCAAAAGCUGUUAUCCGCCUCUCGAAGCAGUGGGAACACAAAAUUCCUCUUGAUGUGCUUUACCUCACAUUGAGAACUUCAGAGGAUAAAUUCCCUGAGGUAAAGAAACUACUCCUGAACAAGGUUCAUCAAUAUGUAAGGGACAGGAUUUUAGCCCCCAAGUAUGCAUGUGCCUUCCUUCUUGAUAUUUCAGCUUCACAGUCAGACUCAGAAGAGAGUAAACGGUAUCUGAAUGACAUCAUCCAGAUGUGUCGGCAAGGGAGGGGCCGUCAAAUUUCUCCGCAGAGUGAUGCAAACUCUCCACACCUUUACGCGGAAAACAUUCUCCCAUACGUCGUCCAUUCACUUGCUCACCAUCCUUCAUUUCCUAAUAUUGAUGAAUGCAAAGAUGUCAAAAAAUUUGAACCCAUGUACAGGCAGUUGCAUUUGUUCCUGUCUAUGCUUGUGUAUGAAGAAGCUGAUGGCAAAAAUGAUGUCAACAUUAGCAAGGACAAGGAGAGGAUCUCGAUGUUGAAUUCCAUAUUUCGACAUAUCAAGCGCUCAGAAGAUGCUUUUGACGUAGCUAAGUCCAAGAACUUGUACGCUCUGUGCGACCUUGGUUUGCCAAUUAUUAAGCGGUUAGCUCCGAACAAAGACGAAAUUCAUGACUCAAGUUCCUCUGUAACCCUACCUCCGGUGUUCUACAAACCACUUGAGAAGAAAGACGAAAAUGACUCACUGGUUGGUGAAGAAAAGACAUGGCUGGCUGAUGAGGGUGUCUUGGCCCACUUCGAAUCACUUGAACUUGAAGCUAAUAAAAUUGCUCAUUCAAUAAUAUCAGAGGAUGAUCUCAUCAAGGACAGUGAAACUGAGGGCAGUGAGAUGCCACUGGGAAAGUUGAUGAAACUUCUUAAAGCGAAGGCAGCAAAGGCCAAAAAAGAGGAUAAGAAUGGGCCCGCACAAGGUAGUGCAGAAAAUGGAAGUGAUUUCGAUAUCUUGAAAAUGGUGAAGGAAAUAAAUUCUGAUAAUAUGGAUACAACUAGCAAGUUUGAGUCGAGCAACGGUCAUCAAUAUGCUCGCAAAAAGAGGAGCGACAAUGAACCUCAGAAGAGGAAAUCGUUUUUUAGUGAAGCAAGUGACAUUCCCGUGCCAAAACGUAGGAGAUCAUCAUCUGGUCAAGCUCGCAAGCCUGUCCUAACAGUUGAUUUGAAGGAUUCUAAAAAACCUGCUAAUGUUGUAAAUCAGGAGAAUAGUAAUAUUAAAUCUGAUAAAAUGGACAAGGAGCCGAAAUCUGAUAAAAUGGACAAGGAGCCGAAAUCUGAUUCGGAAGAUGAAGAUGUGCAAGAAAAAACUGAGUUCAAAUUUCUAUCUUCUUCACGUAUUAGGAAGAAAUCCGGUACUUCCUCUAAGCAGAAACGCAAACGUCCUAAUAGAGAUCAUGGUGAGGCUGUUAAUAACUCCCCCGAAGCUAAGAAGCCUAAGAAAGUCCCGAAUACUGAUAGCACAUGCUCAGUUAGUUAUUCCAAGUCGGGAUCUAUGAAGAAGCAAACACCGAAAAGUGUCGCUGCAUUAGCGAAGUGCACAACCAAGGACAAAGGAAGUUCCAAAGACAACUUAAUUGGUUGCAGAAUAAAAGUAUGGUGGCCCAUGGAUAAGCAGUACUAUGAAGGUGUUGUGGAUUCGUAUGAUAACGAGAAAAAGAAGCAUAAGGUACUAUAUGACGAUGGAGAGGUGGAAGUUAUUCGAUUAGAUAAGGAGCGCUGGGAGCUUAUCGACAGUGAUCCGAAGCCCAAGAAAUCAGGUUCAUCAAAGGGCCUUUCGACAAAAGGAGGAUCUUCUGUCAAGGGAAGAAAAUCGAGUGGAGGUCCAAAACAAGGCAAAAAAUCGAAAGAAAAUGUCAGGUCUGUUUCUCAAGUAAAAAGGAAAAGAUCCUCUGUAACAAAUCCGAAACGAAGGCCAAAAAACAAGUCAAAGAGUGAAUCCUCCGAGGAAAGUGGUGCUGAUGAUUUAACCUCAGAAGAGAAGGAAGAAAGUGAAAAAAUCGAGAAGAGUUUAUCUACCGAGGAAAAUGUGGAGAAGGGCUCGAGUGAUGCGGAAGUUUCCAAGCAAGAAGAAAAAGAUUCUGAAGAUACCGAGAGUGACGAUUUUGUCGGCUCUCCACAUUUUGCUCGUGGAUCAAAUAAUGAAGAAGCCUCUUCUUCUUCAGAUAAGCAACAGCUAAGUGAGACCAAGGAAGAAUCUGCUGAUGAAGAGGACACAAAAACUUCUGCUUCUGAAUCUGCAAAUACAGAGCUUUCUGAUGACGAGCCUUUGGGUGUGUGGAAGCAGCGGUCUGGGAAAAAACGGGGCCAAUGAAGUAGUAGUUGCACAGGUGCUGCAAGUGGGCGGUUUUCGUUUUUGUGCAUUGUGCAAAAUUAGUGCAGCCUAAUUAAUAUGAUAUAUAGCUUACUUUUGAGACAGGAAAAAAUUACUGAACUAUCCGACCUUAAACGAGUUUCGUUAUUUUGUAUUCUAUUAACCUGCUGUAUAUUGUAGAACAUAGAACUUAGAAGAAGUUACAGCAUUAGACUUUUGUGUUUGGCUGCAGUUGAUGUAGCAAUGUACACUAUUUUGUUAAGAGUAAGUUCCUAAUCUUGAUUCUUGUGUAAAGCUAUGAAUCGAAUAGAUCGAUUUGCUGAUUGGUUGGUUAAUAUAUUGCAGAUUAGUAAGUAUAUACGAGAGGUUUUGGCUCGUAAA